AUGGCGAAGAUAUCAGCAGUGGCGGAGAUAUUGGCGGAGAUAUUGGCGGCGACAUUGGCGGAGAUACCGGCAAUGGGGGAGAUACCGGCAGUGGCGGCGACGUUGGUCCUGGCGGUCCCGGCGGUCCCGGGAUGGGCGGAAAGGGCGGAAAGGGAGGGAAGGAUGGGAAGGGAGGCAAGGGGGGAAAGGGCGGGAAAGGGGGCAAGGGGGGAAAGGGAGGGAAGCCUGGUAACCAGCAAGGCGGGCCUGGCGGAGCGCAAGGGGGCCCUGGCGAAGAUACCAGCAAUGGCGGGGAUACCGGCAAUGGCAGAGACGUUUGCGAAGAUAUCGGCAAUGGCGAUACCAGAAGUGGCGGAGACAUUGGUGGAGAUACCGGAAAUGGAGGAGUUACCGGCAGUGGCGGCGACAUUGGGGAGGGUGGUCCCGGCGGUCCCGGGUCAUGUCAACACCCGGGUGGGCGGCGGGAAGGGCGGAAAGGGAGGCAAGGGAGGGAAGGGUGGGAAGGGAGGUAAGGGCGGAAAGGGAGGGAAAGGGGGCAAGGGAGGAAAGGGAGGGAAGCCUGGUAACCAGCAGGGCGGGCCAGGCGGAGCGCAGGGCGGGCCUGGUGGCGAGCAGGGGGGCCCUGGCGGAGAGCAGGGGGGCCCUGGCGGAGAGUAG